AUGCCCUCGUCUCUCAAGCGCAGCGCCGAGGAGGCUGGUCUCGACGAGCAUAUCCCUCGCCCACCUAAUCGAUUCAUGGUGCUCCUGUCCUGCGCACGCUAUGCCCUCAAAGGCACGUCUCCCAGAGGGUCGCAAGUCUGGAACGCCAGGACAUUCAUGGAGCAGAACCCCGACCUGCACGAGUGGCUACAACAAUUGCAAACAACGGAGUGCAUAACGAAAGAACUCUCUAUUCAGGACUAUAACUCGCGCAUCUCCGAGAUCUGGGGUCAGUUCGGCGUCGAGCAGAAGCGACCAUUUGAAGAGGAGGCGGAGAGGUGCAAAGAGCGCCAUAGGGAGCUCUACCCAGACUACGUCUUUCGGCCGAAGAAGAAGGUUAAGGCUGCAGCCCCUGCUGUAGUUAAGCCGAAGCGUACGCGCGCCACGACGAGCAAGAACAGGAGCAAGGCUAGUGCAUCGUCGUCCCCGGCCUCCAUCGCCUCCACACCAUCCACCGCAUCGACUUCCUCGUCUUCGCCGUCCUUCUCGCCUGACGUCGCACUCGCUACACCUACUGUUCCCCACCAUUUCGGUGACUUGCCCGUGAUCCCGAGCGUUUUCGACUACGGCACCGGUAGCACCACGUACCACCCUGCCAUGGCUCCUGGAUACUCUUACGCUCAGGGCACUUCUUGCUCUUCGUUUGGAUACGGCUUGGGCAUGAUGGGCGCAACACCUUCCCAGCCCAUGCUUGAGCUGUACAGCACCUACUAUGACCCGCAGCACUACCACUACACGACGCAGCAGCUGCAACCCGCCGACACUGCUGCCGACUGCUGGGGUAGCAGUUCGGCCACCGCGGCGCCUCUGCCGCCCACCAACUUCGUCGGGGAGGAGGGCUCUCGGGCCCUCCUCGGCAAUAGUCAGUAUGACUAUUCGCCUCAGGGACUCGCUCCCCUGCUCGACUUCAAUGGCAUGGAGACCUUCCAGGAUGGUCUGACUGCCGAACUUGGCGUCAACUUGUUGGGUCUCGACCUCGGCCUCAGCUGUGAGGGUUUGCCCGACCCUAUGGCUGGCUCACUCUUCGACGACAUCGCGAGCGUCGGUGCCAACUUUGGGUCAUCCUUCUCUGCCAAGGCAGACACCAGCGCAUGGGACGCGUGCUGGAGCCGGUCGCCCGUCAUGCACGCCGCGUCGUCAUCGCCCACAGGCUGCUAG